AAAGAGAAUCCUUCCUGCCUCCCAUUCUCUCCCUCUUACCCUUUCGCCGAAAUGAAUGGCGAGAGCUGCAAGAGCUAAAAUGCUCCGGAGCCAACCUUCCGCUACAGUGCACCUCUUCUUCUUCCUCCUGACUAUCGAUCUCGCCGUCGUCUGUGACCUCGGGUUAUGGAAGUUUGGAUCCUAAGGGCGGCGAUCGCCUUUGUGUUGAUCUGUGGUGCUGUGCUAGCUGACGCCGGUGUUUCGCCGGAGGGCUGCCGCCGGAUUUCGGCCGGCGAGUCGAUACUCAUCCCGCCGGAAACUUGCUCCCUUCUGGAUGUUGGGCCGGUUGGUGUGGAAUUUCCUGGGGUUGUGGAGGGAGAUGAGAUUGCGUUGCAGAGGGCGGCAAGUAUAGUGAUCUCAAAGAAAGACCAGUAUGUUGCUGUGCUCUUUUAUGCUUCUUGGUGCCCUUUCUCAAAGAAAUGCCUACCAAAUUUCAACAGUAUGGCUUCCCUGUUUCCUACCGUGCCUCAUUUUGCUUUUGAAGAAUCAGUAAUAAGGCCUAGCAUUCUCUCAAGAUAUGGAGUUCAUGGAUUCCCAACCCUCUUUCUGCUACACUCUUCAAUGCCGGUGAGAUAUCAUGGUUCGCGAAGCACUAGUUCCCUCACUGCAUUCUACUCUAAUGUUACAGGCAUUAAGCCGGCAUCGCCGGAUAAAACAACCAUGAGGAAAGCUGUAAAUCUAAUAAGCCUCACCGAACAAAACUCCGACCACGAAAACUGCCCAUUCUCAUGGGCGAGAUCGCCGGAGAAAUUGCUCCGGCAAGAAACCUACCUCACUCUGGCCUGCUCAUUUCUGAUACUGAGGCUGAUGCACUCCGUCCUGCCGAAGCUGAUGGGCUGUUUGAUAAGCAUGCGGAAUUAUUCUCAAGUUUUUCUCCACCAGACUAAGCGAGGUUUCGGCAGGCUGAAUCCGAGCAGUAGAAGGAAUUUGAAGGAAGGUGCGAUUAACGCCAAGGCGUGGGCGUCCAAGUCUCUCGCAUCUGUGUCAAUCGGCGAGCCAUCUGGGAGGACUCAAUCGUUACUCCAGUGAUUGAAACAUUAUUGUAAAAUAGUUCUCUGUUGGAACGUUAUUUAUGAAUUAUUGGAUUGAAGCUCUGUGCUGGAUUUAUAAAUUCUU